AUGGUCGACCUACCUUUGGAUUAUCAGAGUGUCUCAAGCCGGCUCAUGGCAAAGAAGUGCGAAUUGAACAAGAAGAAGAGAGAAAACCGAACCAGAGACGAGACGAGACGAGACGAUGAUGAUGAAGAAGAGGAAGAAGAGCAGACGAGGAGAAGACGAAGGACAGUCGACGUCCAGUGGCGAUGGGCUUCUCUCUGCUCCCUCCCUGACAAUAUAAUAUCAGCGUCUCUUCGGUUUCAGCUCUCGACAAACAACACUCAGACUGUCAGUCGCCCUGCCCGUCCGUCUGUCGGUCUGUCUCUCGUUCUAUCCUGUCUAUCAGUCUGUCCGUCCGUCCGUCUGUCUGUUAUGCUGUCAGCUUGCCAGGUUUACGGCCCAGAAGGCGAAUACCAACUCCUUGCUUUUUCGUCCUAUCAAAGUAUUUCGACGCCAUGA